GUUCGUAGAGUUGAGUCAACUGGAUCAGUUUCCUUAACUAUGACAGGCUCGACUAGGAAAGCUCAGGCAGUGGCACGGUAGUGAAUUUGCAUAUUCACAUGAACUGUACCUGACUAAGGAUAUCGAUCGUGCCAUUAUUGUUUAUUGAUUAGCUGACCUGCCUUAUAGGUAUAGCUUGAUAAGUAUGUUAGUCUGAAGGUACGUCAAGUGAUUAGCAGUUCGUCUGGGUAGAACCGUGCCGAAAGUUGUAACAGAGAUCGAUGGCUACUUUGGCCUACAGCCAUGAAGCGCCACAACGUGUGGACACUGUAAGACUACCUAACUAUGCUCACCAGUACGCCACAUUCAGACGAGUUCCCCUGGCGGCGGUCAAACGCGGCAUAUUCCAUCCCAACCCGCCUCAUUACCGUCGUAUGGAGAUGGACGACACGCUGCAGAAGAUGAGUGACGAGCACAGCAGAAACACAACCACGUGCGGACCCAGAGAUUUUUCCAACUCCAAUUCCACUUUGUUCAAACCUCCUCAACAAAGACUGCAUUCUUUGAACAUCACUGAAACUGGUAAACAAUUACAUCGAAUCUAUACGACACCCCAGGAGCUCACCCAAGCUCGUCAGGCCUGGUCAGUUUUUCUGAACAAAUCACCAGAAAGAUUUCAAAUUCAACUUCCAGGUCUAGAGUCACACAAAGAUUUCCACUUUGAUGGCUAUGCAGUGAGAUAUCUUAGACCAGACAUGACUAAAUCUUGGAAGUACACUUUACAAUCUGAGCCAAAGCUUGAUCAAUAUGGUCAGAAACCACUGCCUGCAAAUAUCUAUGCCAGGUUUAGGGACACAUAUCCACAACAUCAUCGCAAUGUGGCUUCAGAAAUGUGGAGAUAAACAUCUUCAUAUCUUGCUCUUUUCAGUCUUUCCAUACAAGUUUUUCAUGGUGAAUUCAUGUUUGUUUUUAGUUUGAAUCGAGACUUUUACUUCUCAACUUUAGUUUUUAUCAACACAAAAAUAAAGUUUGAACAAUGUAACACAUUAGUUUACAGAAUCAGAAGCUAUUACAUCUGCAAGGAUUGAAAUAUUGUUUGCUACUUAUGUUUUCUUAUUAUUUACAUUAAUAAAGUAAAGAUUUUGCACUGAAUGGAUUUUAAUGAUAUUACUUGAUAACUUGCCAACAGACGUAAACUUUAAGCAAACUUAAACACAAUAGUUUUGCUGUUUAACAAUUAAAAUCUGGAUAUUUGAAAGAGGGUGUGCUAUGCAUGCCAACUAGUAUGCUUUGUCUAUGAUCUAAAUAAUAAAGUACUUCUAUAUUUUUGUUGUGGCUAUUAUAUUAUGCUUAUUUGUUAAAUGACAGCAGUAUUUUAAAUAUCAGUAUUAGCUCUUAAGUGUUAAAAUGUUAACUUUGUUUUACCAGCUGUUUUAUAUUUGCUUUCUUUUGUGUUUGUUCUUAGCUAUAAAUAAUCUACAAGAUUUUGUAAUUAAAUCAAAAGGAAAAAAAAAGA